UCGCUCAUAUUUCCAAAUCAUUUUUUUACAAAUUUCGUACAACGUACUCAAAAUAAGAACAUUUUUGUUCUAAGUUUAAAACGGCCAACAAAAAAGGCUUGGAGCUCAAACAUCAGUUACCAAAAAAAACAUAUUUAAAAACCACCAACGGCAGUAAAACAGAUAAACACAUGCAUAUUCUCUAGAAAAACGUAGAAAAAAAACUCUUAUCAAAAUUUUAUUAUCAGACAUAAUAACUCAGUCAAUAAAAAUUGAUGCGAAAGCAAAGAAAGUUUAUGCCCCAUCCAUCCAAGAAGCCAUCCGGCGAACCCGUGGCCAGCAGAAGCUCUGGCAGUCUGAAUAUUUUCAGGCCUUAUAACGGCAUGUGCAAGGCUGUUCUUCAUCCUACACCUACCAACCCAAGAUAACCGACAACAUGUGGACCCGAACACGACUUGCUUUGCGAAGCAUUGCUAGAUCGGAAAGCUUGAACGGAAAGCGCAGCAGCAUGAAGGAGCAGCUGUCGGCCAAGCAGAACGAGCGCAGUGAGAAGAAGAAAAAGAAGCUGGCUGCGCUGGCGAAUCUGAUGGAGCUGAACGACAGGGAUCGAUUGCACGAGGCGGAGUUGGCCAAAAAACAGGAUGCCGACGAGGCCGAGGCAGAGGAGAAGAGCCCAACUAAAGCGCAGGACGAGGACGAUGGCUUUGUAACGGUUUCCAACAAGCGGAAGUCCCGCAACCGCCUUACAAUCCGAAAUAAUCCAGACCAGGAGACGGAAUCAGGAGGAUCUUCACAGACUGCGACGACGACCGAUUCCGUAGAUACCGAUGCGCCCGCUGCAAAGAGAAGUCGCAAACACGAGGCUGGAGGUGACACCCUGCCCGAAGGAAACUGUUCCCUGUCCGAGGAGCAGUACAAACAGCUGUCGGCGGAGUUGCGCCGUCGCAAGCGGCAGCUCGAGGAUGUGCCCGGCCUGCGACUGCGGGAGAUGGGACAGCGUGCCUCUCUGGAGACACCCCAGGACGCACGCACACCUAUCUUUCUGGCCGACAUCCAGCACCUGCUGAUGUCCGCUCUGAUUGGCCAGAAGAGUCCCUGCCGACCGGAUCGGUGGUGCAGUGUGGAGAAGUGGGUCAGCCUGUCGCACAGCGUGGUUGUGAUCCUGGAGGGACUUUCUCUCUACCACUACCUGUCUAACGAGAGCCGGUUUGAGGCCACCAACAGAAUAUUCAACACAAAGCUGGAAAUGCUUCUUCCGCCCAAGGAAGAAGGUCAAAUAAUCGACGAAAUAGCCAAGAUUCCCCUCACCAAUGUGCAGGCUCGCAAGUUGAUCGACGAGCACGGUUCGCUGGAGUCGGCCGUUGAGCUGAUCAAGGAUCCCACGCUGUUUGUCAAGACCAUCUUUCCCAUCGAAAGCAGGGCGCCGGAGCCGGAUGGCCUGCAUGAGGACGACAAGUUCCCGCGCACCAAGCUCCUGCUCUCCGCGUUGCAAUUGGUCGAUGAGGGUUAUCCCAUUCCAAUGCAGGGCGAACUGCACAAUCGCUUCCAAAACUUCAAGAUGACUAAGGAAUCGUACGCGCCGGUGACCAACCGCAGUCCCAUGUUCGGUGUUGAUUGUGAGAUGUGUCAGACGGAGGCGGGGGUCAACGAGCUGACCCGAAUCUCCAUUGUAAACGAAAAGUACCAGACCGUUUACGAAACACUGGUGAUGCCCAACAACCGGAUCACCGACUAUCUGACCCAGUACUCGGGCAUCACCGAGGACAUUAUGAAGAAGGUGACCAAGCGGCUGAAGGAAGUGCAGAGGGAGGUAUCUGCCCUGCUGCCCUCUGAUGCCAUCCUGGUGGGGCAGUCGCUGAACUCCGAUUUGAACGCGAUGCGAAUGAUGCAUCCGUACGUGAUCGAUACUAGUGUGUGCUUCAACAUCUCGGGCGUGCGGCGGCGCAAGAGCAAGCUGAAGCACCUGGCGAAGACCUUCUUGAAGGAGGAUAUUCAGGAGAACGACGACGGUCACGACUCCAUUGAGGAUUCUCGUGCCACGCUAAAGCUCGUCAAGACAAAGCUGGCCAACAGCAUCGAGUUCGGCGACGAGAUCCUCUUGCAGCAGAAGCGAUUGCAGGAGCUGUUGAACGCUUCCAGCGGAGAUACCAUCAGCAAUAACCUAUUUGCCCAUGUGGCCAAGCGGGAUAAGCGAACGGCCAUCGUGACAGUCGGCGAUUUGGAGCCCCGUCUUAAGGAAGUCAUCGAAAAGGCAGGAGAGGCAGCUCCCAAGGAUAACAGCCGGGCGGUGCGUAUCCACGAGGUUUCGACGCCCAAGGAAGCUGUGCGCAAGGUCAACGAAAUUGCACUUGAAAAUGCCCUCACCAUUACGAAUCUGCGCGUGGCGGAGCAGGAUUUCGUAUUGGAGAGCGCAGAGCGAAAUGUAGCGAAACUGGACAAGACCAUCGAACGCCUGUGGAAUACGGUGGCGCACAACGGACUCUUCCUCGUCCUAAUGGGCGGAUCCACAGAGUGCACCAAGGGCGUGGCCAAGAUAGCCAUUAAAAGGCUAAACGGAACGGAACAGACCAGCGCUCCCAUCGGAAGCUAGAAAUCCAAUAAUAAAAUGGCUUCUUUUAUUCACUACUGCACGAUUCCACCUGCCGCUCGAAAAAGAAACCCAUCCGGUUUUUGGAGUCACCGAAGGCUGAAAGGAAUCCCAACGCAGUAUCAAUUUUGGCCUAUCAUCCCCAAGACAUGACCAAGCAUUUCUUCACUGCGCGCCCUCUGAAAUUCACUUCAUGCAACUAUGCGUCAAUGAAAAACUGUCAAAUUUAUAAAAAGUCCCAAAAAACGAAUAAUAAAAAUUUUAUUUGAUUUAA